AUGAAAUUCCAAGACUGCAACGGACCAGAUGUCAUUACCACUCGCUACGCACGUCCGGCAGAACCAACCAAAACCCGGCAGACUCCAUCGCGAUAUCGAUCCGCACCGACGCCCAUCGACUCGACAACUCCCUCAGCAACCACCGUCGUCGCCAACCCAGUCACAACCGUCGAGAUGGCGCAAGAACGCUCCGGAAUCGUGGUCGGCUUGAACAAGGGCCACAAAACCACCCCCUUCCAGUCGCCCAAGAACCGUAUCAGCCGUACCAAGGGCCAGUCUUCUCGCCGCACUGCCUUCGUCCGAGAGAUCGCCCGCGAGGUUGUUGGCCUUGCUCCCUAUGAGCGCCGCAUUAUUGAACUCCUGAGAAACACUCAGGACAAGCGUGCUCGUAAGCUCGCGAAGAAGAGGCUCGGCACUUUCACCCGUGGCAAGAAGAAGGUUGAGGACAUGCAGCGCGUCAUUGCCGAGUCCCGCCGUGUGGCCGGUGGUGCUCACUAA